UAGAAUCGAUUUUCGAAACGCAACUUAUAUCAAACUUGAAUUCCAACAGGUGAUAGUCAUUAGUAUCUUUAUCAAUUCGUGUUGCUAAAGCAGUAUCAGUAGAAGUACUCAAAUGGACAUUGUUAACUUGUUGCAGAAAAUGGGCUAUCAUACAGCCGCAUUGGACAAUGAGUCACGUUUGGCGGAAAUCCUCUCUGCAGGUUUGACAGCAGCCACGUACCGCCAUCUGAUUGUAUGGCUAACUGAUCAGAUUAAGCAAGCUGGUGAAAUAGAUGAGGAGGUUUCAUCAACCGACGAUUUGCAGUGUUUUGCGUUAGAACUCUCCUCUUUUUUAAAAGAACUCAACUGUCCCUAUCGUGAACUCUUACAACAACCGUUGGCCGACAGAUUCCGCACUGUGAACGAUGCGUGCCUUGUAGUGGAUUUUUUAGCCGGAGAAUUGGCGUUUCUUCAGAUAUCGAAACAAAAAUUGAAACUUAAAUCCCAAAUAACUGCUCAGCCUAAUACAUCACCUGCAGCUAUUCUAAAACAAAUCUGCUCGGAAUGCAAUGUGAGUGAUAACUUUACUUAUUUAAAAGAUUUGUACGAGUCUAUCUACGAGAGUCUGAGUAGCAGCACAAACUUGAAACUUCUUUUCAAUCCAAAAAAUGAUUUAACUUCUGAGCAGUGGGAACAGUUGGAGCGCAUACACACAGAACUGCAGAUGGAUCAAAACAUACGAUUGCAAAUGAUGCUAAAACGUUUAGAGCUAACAGUCAGCUGCUUCCAGUGGAAGCCAAAUUCAUCAGAUGAGGUGGCACGAGUAUACAGGCAGAAACGACGAGCGCUGGUUGACAUGCAAUGCAUGUUGAUCAGUGAUAUUUCAGAUUUAUUAUCAGCAGAUGACACUUUGCUUCAACAGGAGAGAAUAAGUUCAACGCGAAUGAAAGGCAUUGGACGCAAUGCAUUUUCUGGAUAUCUUGAUCUACCAAAUCGUGGCGGAAUAGUCAACAUUGACUCUACACCAUUGAUGCCCCGUUGGUCAUCUCGUGAAGAAGGUCAACCUAGCGAAAAUCUACGCGUCAAGAAUAAAAACAAGCCCAAGGAGCAAAAGGAAAGCGAUGUCAAUGUAAAAUCGAAAUCCAAGCGCAAAAAAAAUAAAGGUAGUGAUGUUCUUAGCGGAGAUAAAACUGCGUCCGCUGAGUAAGCAAAAUA